GUGUGUGCGUAUGUUGAUAAGUACUUCCGUCUUGAGUAAAUGCAGCCUGCACGCUCCCCUUGCGUAAAGCAUUUCUGUGUAUACAUAAACAAGGGGUAAACACGGGAUGACUGUGUUGAGUAGGAGGGAAGCCUACAAAAGGGAAGAGUCGGGCAUGAGUUGUCAGAAACACCUGGCUGGGAGAGAGAGAAAGAGAGAGCAGCAGAGUGUGAAAGACUUGAGGAGGGACACAACUUAUUAAUGAGUAACACACACAAGUUGAUUUCCAAUUUCCUGCUUUAGCUCUCAUUUAAAAGACGGGAAAGAGAGGACAAAACCACACAAGCGAGUGAACCGGAGAGGGAGUGAAGUUUUGGCACCUCGACUUCUGUAGCAGACAGACCUUCAAAAUGACUCGUUCCUUGAGAGAGCUGGUGAAGGAGUACAUAACAGACCGGCGAGUUCGCAAGUGUCGCCUGGUGAAUAAAGAUGGCAGCUGCAACAUCGAGUUCGGCAACGUGAUGCACCGAAACCGCUUGGCUUACGUCCUGGACAUAUGGACCACCUUCGUCGAGACCCGAUGGCGGUUUGUCAUCUUGCAUUUCACGGCAUCCUUCACCCUCAGCUGGUUCAUCUUCGGCCUCCUCUGGUACUGGAUCGCCAGAGACCACGGUGACUUGGAGUGGCAGAAUCCCCCUGAAAAUCACACGGCUUGUGCCGGGAACGUCGACACACUGACUUACGCCUUUCUCUUGUCGCUGGAGACCCAAACCACCAUCGGAUACGGGAACAUUUAUGUCACUGACGUCUGUCCCGGAGCUGUGGCUCUGAUCGUAAUUCAGAGUCUUAUCGGCACCAUAAUCCACUGCUUCUGGUGCGGCGUGGUUAUGGCUAAAAUCGCUCUUCCCAAGAAGAGAGCCAAGACCAUAACCUUCACCGACAAGGCAGUUAUCUGCCCCAAAAAGGGCACCCUUUGCCUUCAGAUCCGAGUGGCUAACCUGCGCAAGACCUUGAUGAUCGGUAGUCAGAUUUACGGCAAGCUCCUGAGGACCACAAUCACCCCCGAAGGUGAGACCAUCAUCUUGGACCAGGUCAGCAUUGACUUCAUGGUGGACUCCGGCAAGGACAGCCUGUUUUUUGUGUGUCCUUUUACCCUUUUCCACGUCAUCGACAAAACCAGCCCUUUCUUUGAAAUGGCGGUGGACACUCUGCAUCAGCAGGAGUUUGAGCUCGUGGUGUUCCUCGACGGCACGGCCGAAUCCACCAGCUCCUCCUGCCAGGUCAGGACCUCCUACAUCCCUCAGGAGAUCAUGUGGGGCUACGACUUCCUCCCGAUCAUCUCCCGCAGCAAAGAGGGAAAGUACCGCGUGGACUUCUCCAACUUCGCCAAGGAGGUGCCUGUACCGACCGCUCACUGUGCCUACUGCUACCACAACGAGGCGGGACACCAUCACCACUCCAUCAGCGGCAUUGACAACAAGGGCUUUGAGGUGAUUGACAUUGAAAAGCCCAACGUCACCAAAAUGUAAAGCUUUUGGACUGACAUGUACUGAGCGACAUCGCAAGGUCACGUUUUGUCUCUCACAGUGAGCACAAGAAGCAAGACAAGUGUUUUAUCUCUAGAAAUGAUUCUAUCUACCAUUUGAGAAAUGAAGUGGAGUGGCCCUUUUUAUUUUCUGGAAUGUAGUUACUGUUUUAAAGAGCACCUAGUGUUCAAAACUCAGAAAUAUAAGAGUGUUAAUUGUCCUUGAGGUCUUCUGUAACAGGGUCAAUGGGAGUGAGAGCAUGAACUGAAAGGUCAUUCAUAUGAGAUUGGGUUUUAUUAAUGGGUCUAUGUAUAAAAGUCUAAGAUGAACUGAUUUCAGAUUGCAGUGAACCAGCAGGUGCCUUUACGUUCUGAAUCACUCUGGGAUUGUGUAUUUCUUUGUAAAUUAGUAGAUAUUGUUAAUAUGGUGUAAAUGUCAUUUGCAUUUUGUAUAUAUAAUUUUGUAAAUAUAAUUUUUUUAAUAAAAUAAUUGGAA